UCUAACGAAGAGAAUUCGUUUUCGGUGGUAAAAAAAAAGUAUGUACGUGCGCGUGUCGUAUUAUCUGUAAAUAUUAGCUUUUUAAAUUAAAACAAAGUGCGUUUAACAUAGUGAGAAGUGGACAUAAUUGAAAUUUUCAUAACGUUCAACUACACCUUAACAAGGAAAUCGCAAUCUAAGAAAAGUUUAGAGUUAACCAAACAAUAAUAAAAGGCACAAUCACACACAAUGGCCGAUGAAGAUAUUACUUUGAAUGAGGAUCAGCUGUUGGAGUCGCUGGAGGAGACAAACGGCGAGCAGGAGACUGAAAUUACCAAUGAAGUCGAGGAGGAGGGCAGCAUGCAAAUCGAUCCUGAACUGGAGGCCAUAAAGGCACGCGUUAAAGAAAUGGAGGAAGAGGCAGAAAAAAUCAAACAAAUGCAAUCAGAGGUGGACAAACAAAUGGCCGGCGGCUCUACGACAGGCCUUGCCACAGUGCCGCUUUCACUUGAAGAGAAACAGGAAAUUGACACACGGUCGGUUUACGUUGGCAAUGUAGACUAUGGAGCGUCAGCCGAGGAGCUCGAAGCACAUUUCCAUGGCUGUGGCACAAUCAAUCGCGUCACCAUACUGUGCAACAAGGCUGAUGGGCAUCCCAAAGGGUUUGCAUACAUUGAAUUCGGCUCAAAGGAGUACGUUGAGACAGCUUUGGCCAUGAACGAGACGUUGUUCAGAGGUCGUCAAAUCAAGGUCAUGUCCAAACGCACAAACCGCCCAGGACUCUCCACCACAAAUCGAUUUGCUCGUGGCAGUUUCCGAGGACGAGGUGCCCGUGUGUCUCGCGCCUGUUGUCAUUCCACCUUCCGGGGUGCACGACGAGCAAUAGGUUACCGUGGACGUGCCAAUUACUAUGCGCCCUAUUGAUUAUUGUUUUUUAAAACCCAUUUUUAGUAAGAUUUUUUUACAAAUAUUAUUUCAAAAAACAUUAUUUUAUUGCCAAAACUUCUUUAUAAUACAAAAUAAAAAAAAAAACAAAAGAAGAAAAGAAAAUAGAUGAAAAAAUGCCAGGAAAAAAUAAAUAAAAGUUCAUACAUGAAAUGCAACAACGAAACAAGAGCAAAAAAAAUAAUUAACAAAAAAAAAAACAGAAAAAUACAUAAAAAAAAGAAAAAAUAAUCAACAUGGAAAAAAUUACCCCUUGAACUUGGCUAUAAUGUUUUUUGAAGCACCCAAAAACACCAAACACCCCUCUUUUCACACUUUUUAAGUUUUCUCUAAAAAAAAAAAAAUUACAUAAACAUAUGUAUAAAUCUGUUUAAAAAAAAAACAAAAAUAAAAAAAAUAAAAUGGAAAUGGAGAAAGAAAAGAAUAAAAAAGAACAGAGAAGAGACUUUCCACAAGAUGGCAAAGAAAAAGAAUAAAAGCGAUGGAUGAAAAAAUUAAAAUGAAAAAAAAAAACAAAUGAUCAAAAUUUGUGAAAAAAGAAGAAAAAGAUAAACAAAGUAGACAAAAGAGCAUUAUGAUAUCUUAAAAAAAGUACAGCUAAAUUAUAUAUACGAAAAAAUAUAUGCAGAAAAAGAAAUUCAAUUUUACCGAAAAACUAAAAAAAAAAAAACAAACAACAAAAAAAGUGAAAGAAAGUAAAAAGAAGACCGAAAUAUAUGAAAAACACAUUUGAAACAAGUUCUCUUUGCCUUUCCUUUGCGGGCGGGAAAUGGGAAUCGAAAUCGAAUUAUCGGAGGCGGAAGCGCGGGAUCCAUGAUUUAAGAAGGUCAUCAACAUCAAAUCAAAUACAGCAGAGAUGACAGGCAUAGCAAGACGGAUUACAGUACCGAUUUCAUUACAUAAGUCAUGUCUAUAUAUAUAUGUUAGUUCGGAUAAAGAUUAACAAACGAAAAAAAAAACAAAAUAAAGUCGACUAAGAAAAAGAAGCAUUUGUUUCAAGCUCACUA